AUGCCGGGUCCAGCGGAGCUCCUGUCUGUUGUGUGGGCUAUGUUGAUUUGUCUUCGUUUGACAAAUCAACGGAGAAGAAACAUACGCAACAGAAGACGCCUUCGCCGUAUGCUUGCAGUUGUCGGGAUGUUUCAGAGUGACCGCCCAGUGACAUACUGUAGUAUCAACUUUGAUGUGCCGAUCCUGCGCCUGUGGUGUAAUGUGGAUUUGGACACCAGACAGGACUUCAGACUUUCGAGGCAAGCCAUGCAUUCCCUUCAGCGUCUGAUGAGGAGGGAGCAGGACCAUGGUUGGGGCCACGAAUAUGAAGUUUUAAUCUACGUAUACUGGCUUGCCCAUGGUCUUUCCUACCGUGUGGUGUCUCGUGUCUUUAGCGUGCCCAAAUCCACCAUCCACAGAAUUGUGCAUAGGGUGGCACAGUUCAUUUGGGACAACCUUCAUAGAGCCAUCAGUUUCCCAAAGCCUACAGACAUGGACGCUGUGGGCAAUGGAUUUGCCCAGCUUGCUGGGACACCAGCCCUGAACAAAGCGGUAGGGGCCAUUGACGGGUGUCAUGUACGGAUCAAGCCUCCAGCACUCCAUCGGCUGGACUAUUUAAAUUACAAGGGCUUUUAUUCUGUCAACAUGCAAGCCAUUUGUGACUAUACUGGAAAAUUCCUGGACGUUUUUGUGGGCUAUCCAGGUUCGGUCCAUGACACCCGGAUUUUAAAAAACAGUUCAUUUUACCUUGCUAGAAGGUACCCGCCUAAUGGAUACUUCAUCCUGGGAGAUGGCGGAUAUCCUUGUUUGGAGACACCGAUCUCUCUAAUCACUCCUUACAGAGAACCUGUAAAUUGCCAGAUGCAAAGGAAGUUUAACUACCAUCAGUCAAGGGCCCGUUCUGUUGUGGAGAGAGCAUUUGGGGUGAUGAAGACUCGCUGGAGGUCAACCCUGUUCAGAGCUUUGGAGGUCAGACCUUCAUUUGCGCCCCAGGUGGUUGCAUCAUGUGCCUUCCUGCACAAUGUCUGCCUGGACAACGGAGAUGUCCUGGAACCUGAUAAUGAUGCGGCACUGGACAUCCUGGACCCGGAACCUCCCCUCCAAGAAGCUCCUCAGGUGCACGAGAGACCAGGGAAUGCAACAAGGGACAGGCUUGCAGCAUUGAUCAACGUGCAAGCCAUUGAAAAUUGA